CGGAAGAGAGGGCUCAGUUGGUGCUGGGCGGACCGAGAGUCGACACACAGCAAGUCGAGCUCAGCACUACACGCCGCGCGUGCUUCAAAUUCCUUUCGCACAUUCACAUCGGACGCUUUCUUGGGCUGCAGUGGUGACAGUGGUUCUCUCGGACGUGCAACCAGAAGCAAAACAACACACUCGGACGAACGGUCUGGUGCUUCGUCUCUGGUGUUAUCUGCACGCCGACGGCUGCUCUUUAUCUCUGUGCUGCUGCGGUGAUAAGACACGGCACAGUAGCAUGGACAGAUAAGCGCGUGCACAAUACACAACACUCACACACUCGGCUCAUUAUAAAUAUUAUUUUGUUGUUGUGUGCCGUGAGACAACGCGAGUGAGAAAGAGAGACACACUCGGACAGUAUAGUCUCGUCGAGCGAGCGACCGGACAGAGACGUGGACAUCGACGGAGCCACCAUGUCCCGCCGAAAGCAGAGCAACCCGAAGCCCCUCAAGAGAGAGGAUUUCUGGAACGAGGGUGACGGUGAAAAUGCCACAACUGCUUCUCAACAGAGUCCGUCGACCACCGAGGCCGCGGCCCUUGGCAGCGGUGAGGACGCAGACGGCCAAGACAACGUCAAAGUUGAGCUCGAAGAAAUGGAAUCAAAAGAUGAGGAAGACGACAAUAGUCGAGAGGUCAGCAGUCAGCAACCGUCUCCAAAACUGAAACUCAACACUAAUCUCGCAACAGAUCCUGCUCUCAGGAACAGUAAAGAACAACAGGACACUUCCAGUGACAGGUCUUCCCCUGGUGAUGAACAGAGGUUUAAACCUGAUAUCUCAAUGCUUCCGGCGUCUCUAUUCCCAGCAGGACCAAGUCCUGCUGCAGCCAUUUUUUGUCUUCCCGCGGUGCCGGAAACAAACAGCACUGCCUCCGCGACCACCCCAAGACUCAAUCAAGAGAAUCUCGAAACUCCCUCAACUCCACUGCCGCCUCCACGGCUAGCUAACUGCUACAUGUGUCAACCAUGUGGCAUCAAAUUCAGCAGCAAGAGCACUCUGGAGGCGCACCAGACUUAUUACUGCUCGCACAGGGCGUCUGCUGCCCCGCGACCUUCAUCACCAGCAACGCCCAUUGCAGGCAAAGAUGGAAGUGACACUGAAUUGGGCAGUCCCCGCUCCUCGAACGCCCCCGAGGACGACUCGGCGCCACCACCGGCAAAAGUGGCGCGCACCGGACGGCAGUACACUUGUCCGCACUGCUCUUACAGCGCGGAUAAGAAGGUCAGUCUGAACCGGCACAUGCGGAUGCACACGCCGUCCGUCACCCCGCUGCCCGUUUCCCCCGCCCCCACUGCCCCCAGCGACUCGGAGGCGGCGGACGAGUCUUCAGCGUCCGGCUCUCAACUGCCGCCGCCUGCCAUGGACAGAUAUUGCGCCAACUGCGAUAUUCGCUUCUCUUCGGUGAGGACCUUCAAGGCUCACAAGGCUCAUUAUUGCGACACCAGACACGUCGUCAAGCCCAACGCGGCUGUUUCUCCCGCGGCCGCCAGCCAGGCUUCUUCCGGCCCUGACUUACCAAGGGUAGGUUCUGCUUCGUCACCCACUUCCUCCCCAGCACCAGCUCAACCGUACCUUGCGCUGCCCACAAACCCGAUGCUCCUCGUGCCCUACCAAUUGGUGCAGGCAGCCAGUUUUGUCACUUCGGCCGCUCUUCCGCCUGGAGUGAGCACCACCAACCCUGGUGCGUGUCUUCUGCUCGUGAACGGGACUGUCCAACCUCUGGUGUUGCCAGCGGUUACGGAAAGGUUGCCCAGUCCAACUCCGCCCCCGGCGCCGCCGAGGAGGACGCAUCAGGUGGAAAAAACGCCUGUGCACGCCAUUCCCACACCUCAGGCUGUACCUGAGGUAGCGACGAAUGGUGGUGGAACAUUCCCUCUCGACCUGAGUCUCCCCAGAUCUGCUCACCCUCCUUCAGCACUCUCAGUAGGGUCGACUUCCCCCAGGCUGGGAGCUCAAGACCCUGAGGAUGAGAAGGAGAACAGGGGUCUGAACACGUCCUCACCCUCCCAAGGCUCCUCUAGAGCGUCGUCGCCCUCGUCAGCCUCCCCAAGACCUUCAAGGGUCAACGGCGUUCUGCCAGUAGUUGCCAAGAAACCUGAUUCGGUUCCAAUUGAAAACGGAACUCCUCUGCGGAAGACCCCUAAUCUCAUGCCACACAUCAAACUUCCAAAGCAACUGCUGGUCCCUGAACUUUUAGGGCCGCUUCUUAGCUCGCAGCUGGCGCUUCUGCAGCGGCCGAUGUUGACAGCUGCCGAGGCGGCCGCCUUUCUUCCGGUGGCCAACCACGCGGUGCCGCCAGCCCCGCAGAUUUUGGUCAAGCAGGGCGUGUCGAGGUGCGAGGAGUGCAACAUCGUGUUCCUCAAGGUGGAGAACUUCGAGGUGCACAAGAAGUACUACUGCUCAGCCAGGGCAAGGUCGGAAGGCAAUACAUCCCCUGAGGAGGCCAAAGCCACUUCGACCCCAUCACCCACGCCACCGCAAACGACCCCAACCCCGCCGGGCAAAGUGAUGCAGCAGUACAUCUGCGCACCGUGCGGAAUCAAAUUCACGGCCAUCAAAAAUUUGAAGGCGCACCAGGCGUACUACUGUCUCAAGAGGGACGUCAACCAGCAGGCCAACUGCACCAACAACAACGAGCCACCCGUCGAGAGAAAGAAAUGCCCUAAGUGCAAGGUAAUUCUGCCUGGCGAUGGCGAUUCGCCUCACCACUGCAUGGCCGUGUCUCAUCCGGUGACAAGCCUGUUGUCUCCCAGCGGCUGGCGGUGUCCCUGCUGCAGCACGCACCUGCCAACGGCCACUGCCGCGCAGAAGCACCUCGAGGAAAACCAUACCGGGAUGCUGAAAGGGUUCAGGUGCACCAUCUGCAGCUACCGGGGCAACACCCUGAGGGGCAUGCGCACCCACAUCCGGAUGCACCUUCUGCAGGCGGGCGCGGACAACAAGACGUGCGCCGAGGUUAAGGAGGAGGACUUCAUCACCUGCGUCCUGCAGGAUGAGCAGGAGGGGAAGGAGUCCGGGGGCAGUUUGCCCAUCCUGGUGGAGGCUGACGAGGCUGAGGAGCGACCUGAGCAGCACCCUUGCAACCUGUGUGGCUUCACCGGCGCCUCCAGGUCGGUGCUCCUGAAACACCUCAGGGUCGUCCAUCGGCAGGAUGAGAAUUGCCGGACGGAGAGUCCGGAAGCCUUGGUGGUCAAACUGGAACCUUGCGAGGAGAAGAUCAGCCUGACCGAAGGGGAGAACAAGGAGGAGGAGGAGGAGGAGGGCCGACGGUGCCAGGCGUGUGAUACCGUGUUCAACAGGGACCUCUACCUGACGCACAAGAAGUACUACUGCAAGGCCAUCCACAGCAAGAUCAGGGCGUCGGUCAGUCCCCCUAGUCCGACGGUCAGCAUCAAAACUCCACCCACGCCGGUGAGCAGACCCGAAGCCUCGGCCAGAACAUGAUCAGAGUCUCACAAGUCUUUUUCAAUUGCAAGUCUCUUCUUCGCUAAUAAGGAUUAAAAUUUAAAAUUAAAUAAUAAUACACCUUGUGUUCAGAUUUUAUGGUUGAGUUUGGAAAUUUUAUAAUGAUUAAGGACUCCUUAUUGAUAUAUCAUUCAAGGAGUUGACUCUAGCAAAAUUUCUUUCAAGAGCGUUUUGGGUAUAAAUGGGUGCCACAAAAAUGUUAUUUUGCCCCGCUAAAAAUUUGACAUAUCUAUGUGAGAAUAUAGGCCGAUUUUUCUUUGAUUGUAUAAACUUUCUCAAAAGACUUUAUGAAAUAUUUUUUUUAAAUCACAAUCGAUUAAUCACAUAAUGAAUCCCAUAUUUUUCCACGGAACCAUCUUCAAAUAUCCUAAUGUGGCUCAGAUAUUGAAUAAUUCCAGUUGGAAAAUAUUAGUGCUGAUUUUUUGUUGCUAUUAAUAAGGAGACCUUAAUGAUGGUUGUUUUGAGUUUAGAGGCACUGCUGUUGUGGCAUUUUUUUUUUAUAUAAAUAUAUGAUUUGAUCUUGUAUUUGUAAGUUUUAAAUACAUUUUUUUUUGGCUGACGAGCAAGUACGAAUGCGCGAAUCUGCAUGUUCAGGGAAUCCUUGAGAUCUCACAGUUUUGUAACAAAAGAACGAUAUUGUGACUUUUUGUAUACUGCUUACACUGAAAUAUAAAUAACACCGUCAUAAAAGUAGUGCUAACCUGUUUUGUGUCAUACAAAAAAUUCCACUGACUGCAUAUUAAAUGUUAAAUGGAUUAAAAAUUUCUAUAGUCUUUUAGAAGGAAAAUAUUGUAUAUCUGCCAUGAAGAGAUGAGAUGAGAAAAAAUAUGUAUACAGAUCUGAGAAAUCGGCGCAUUUAGAUCUGAAUUCAAAAUCACAUGGAAAAAGUCUUAUAGGUCCCGCGAUCUCAUGCAAGAGGAAAAAGGUCAUGAAUGUGUUUUUGAUAUGUACGUUCAAAACCUCGAAAAUAAUUUUAUUAUUUUUCUGGCAGGGUAUUAUGAAAAGCGAAGGAACAAACUGAUUUUUCUAAAAGAAAAUAGAAACAAUAAUGGAAAAGUGAUAUAUAAUGUUUUAGAGCUGCUAGUCUCUCUUUGAAAACUUGUUUCUUAAAAGAACUUGAGCAGUUGGAUUGAUUAAAAAAAUUUGUUUGGGAAGAAUAAAUACUUUAAAAGAUUACUGCGCAAGAAACCGCGCGCUAAAUUCGCGUAGUGUGAUGGAAAAGAAGCAGGGCAGAGAGAAAAUUGGAUUCUAGCAACUGUGUAAGAAAGGCUAAGUGUUAAACCUCUCUUGAACAAUAAGCCAGGAAAAGUGUGUUUAGCAAUAUCAUCGAUCGAUUAACUGACCGACAGGAUAAUAAUUAUGUACACAAGAUGUCUACUCUAUACCGAUUAAAAAGUUGUACGUUUUUCAUAUCUGUGUUUUUAAAUUGAAAAAUCCAAGAAUCGCAGUCAAAAGACAUUAAUUUUUACUAGAUACAUGAAAUUAAAUCAUUGACCGAAAUCGAUUUAAAAAUCUAAGAAAUGCAAUAAUUUUUCUGUUAGAUUAUGUAGUUUAUUUAUUAAUCAGGUUAAGCUGAAUUGAUGCGUUUUUUAUAUUUAUUGAAAAAUACAUAUCAGAUCAGAAUAUAUAUUAUUUUUCAAUAAGUUCACUCCAGAUCCUGAACGCUUUUAAUCUUUUCUUAUUAUUUUGUGAAAUUCUUUGAAAAGUGCUAUGCAUUUAAAUGCAAUCAAUUGAUUGUUUCUAGUAUUGGAAUUGAGACAAAUAAUCGAUGAGCAUUUUGUCUGCUCACUGCUGAAUAUAUCUAUGUACAUAAUUGUCAUACAUUCUUUUCUCUAUAUAAAAAAUAUAAACAUGUCUAGCAAUUAAUAUUUAUGUGAUGUGUACAUAUAAGUAUAUCAAGUAUAUGACGAUUAAAAUUGAUCAUCCUCUACACAAAUAUUUGCAGCAGAUAUAAUGCGACUGUAAAAAAAGCAAGUCAAAUACGUAAUUAAUUACUUUUAUGAUUAGAUAAAUCAAUAAAUGUUACUAAUUAUUACACU